GAAAUCCCCAAGGUCGUAGCGUCGAUUUGUUUUGUAUUCGUAUUUGUUCAUUUGAUUAUAUUUCUCCAAUGAACUUGUAAUGAACAAGUUUCUACCAACAUCUCAAAUUGAUUGGCUUCUUAUGGAUAAACCGACGGUCGACCCUAUUCUGUUAGGACUCGAUGAACAUAAUGAUAAUGGUAUGCAAGAAAUAAAUGAGUUGUUCUCAAACACAUGUGAAGACCUUCAUAGGAAAGAGCAUUAUGCUGCUGAUUCCUCCAAUCAAUUUGAAGUAGAUGGAGGUUCUUGUGUUGAUUCGGAAUGCCAUGAACCGUGGGAGACUAAUUUUUGUUCAUCUGGAAUAAAUGUGACAACAUCUGGAACACCAAGGUAUAAAUCUAGCAUAACCGCUGGUGUCACCAAGCCAUCUCAGAGUACACUGAAAACAAUGUAUGAUGAACGUGACGUUUUUGGCACCAUAAAAUGCGACGAGCCAGCUUAUCAGUCUUGCGAGGGGGUUGCAAAAACUGUUGACAGACACAACGCUCUUGAGUAUUCCAGAAGUUUGACCCCUACGGAACCAUUUAUUAAGCGACGUUUGACAACUCAGGAAGUACCCGAACAUUCACCUAUAAGUACGGCUAUCCACUGCCAUUUUAGAGAUACAGGGCCUUUAAACUCAUUUGGCCUAUUCCAAUCUUCUAAUAAAACUCAUGACUCCCUAACCUUACGCUCUGAUUUCCCUAAUCUUGAGGUUGGUUCUUUCGCCCCACUUACAGAACCUUCAUGUAUGUUUUCAACUCCCACGGUUAUGCCUUCUGUAGAUUCUUUGAAUCAUCGCGAAACAUCUGAAGUCGAUUCUCAAAUAUUAAAAGAAACGGAAAAAGUAUCUCCGAAUUCCAGUCCUGUUUGUCGUCGACCUGGCCUUUUGAAAGGAUCGGGCCCUUCCUCUCCUUCUGCUGCUCAUCAUUGCAGUCUUUGCGGUAAACAGUAUCGUCAUGUUGCUUCUUUAAGAAAUCAUAUGCGUAAGCAUACAACAGGAGCGUUUACUUCAAAGCGAUAUAAGUGCAACCACUGUGUGUAUUCAAGUCAGUACCAUCGUAACGUGAUCAAACAUAUGGAAGCAACUCAUCGUGAUCAUGAAGCACUCUCAACAAACAACACGACUGUUUUUCCUGAGAUGGGUUCCGCCCCGUGUGAUUCAGUCGCUUCUGAUGACUUAAAUUCGGGUUUUAUUAACUCUCGCGUUUGGAUUCCAUGUACCAAAGCUGAGCCAAAUGCCUGUUGUACCAUGUCUGGUACAACUGAUUCCAAAGACUUCCCAAUCUUUUCAAAUGUUGAGCAAUCCACGGGUUUUCCAGCUCCAAACCUAGAACCUCAUAUUGUUUCGCGUCAAAUAUCAUCAAAUUAUGGCUCCAGAAUGGCGAACAAGCAUUAUGAAAGCGAUCAUGUUGGUAAUUUAGGGACAGUAAUGAUCCCUAAUGAUGCCUCUAAAUCCUAUCGAUGUGACAUUUCAGGUUGUGAUCAGGCAUUCCAGUCUGUUAAAUAUCUAUCAACUCACAUAAAGGAUUCACAUCGAGAUAUAAAGAGAUUCAAAUGUCCGCUUGAAGGAUGCUCAUUUUGCGGGCUACGUCGUAUGCACCUCAAACGCCAUAUUACCGAGUUUCACAGUGAUAAAAAGCUAUCACUGUACAAAAUGUUGGACCAAAAUCGGCUUAAUCAUGAGCCGUAUAAUUCUGUCCAACCUGUAAUGAUGUAUGGUAGACAGGAAGGUCUUGCACUCAAUGUAACAAAAUUAUCCGACAGUCAACCAUUAAAACGGCAAUGUUACAAUUCUCAGAUGAAUAAUUAUGUCCCUUUGGACCCUUCUUAUGCUAGUGACAACUCGUACCACGAUCCUAGCUGCCGUGGGAGUGAUGUAUAUUCCUUUCCAAUGUCAGGUUUUUCACAUCCAUCUGGAGAUUGUUGUGUCUCGGAAGACACUGAUAGUAUGUUAUUCAGUCACCCAGCCUCUAAAAGCUUCGAGCAGAAACCUCAUUCAUAUAUCCGUAUGUCAAAUCAAAUCAAUAGACCCUUUGGAAAUACUUCUGGUAGUAAUAUGCCGUUCCAUAAUGAACAACGUGUAUCUGUGAGCAAAGCCCGUUCAAUUAACCCUUCGAGCGAUUUUCAUAUCCAGUCUCCAUAUCCUCUUUCCGUAUCAAACCAGUCAGCUCAUUAUCACCAACGUGAUCCAAAUACAUUGGACAAUGAUCUUCAGUUAUCAUGUGAAAUUGUGAAUAGCGAGUCUUUGCAGGAACAUCAGGGAUUCUUCUCACAAAGUGCCGUCUAUUCUAAUGUAAAAUCACUGUCUUUUAGUCCAAAUGACCCAUCUACUAAUCGUAUGACUGAACCUGAUGUAGUUGAACAGCUUUUAGAUUCGACAAAUGCUCCGAAUAUAGUUUUGGACCAGAUUCUGUGUGAACCGAUUGAACCAAAUAAAGAUGAUGAAGUUAGAGUUGAAACAUCCACAUUGUCUACUGCAACUGUGAAUACCUCUCAAAUCUCUCCUUUGAAUUCCAAAGUUCUGUCCAAUAAUGUAAAAAGUUCUGUAUCUGGAGCAAAUAUGUCAAUUAACAUUGUACAUACUAGCAACAUGCUCUCAGAGACUGAUGCAUUCUUAUCCGAUUUACAAGAAAUCCUGGAACGUGACAUGCCCAUGCUGACAUCUUCAACACCUAAGGGUCUUGAUUCUUCAGAGCUUGUUUUAGUCACUGUCAAAGAAGCUAUUUCUGAGUCGAAAUCUCCCACUGGAAUAACUGGAUGUAAGCUAACAAGCACAUCGUCACUACCAAGCACUGACUCUGGGCAUGAAUGUUGGAGCAGUAGCAGCAGUUGCAGUGUUGGUCCUACUAAUGCUUCCACAUGGGGUCAGCAAGAAGCUACAACCCCUUUAAAAGUUUCUUCUCCGUCUUCGUCUUCAUAUCCAUCUAACCAGCCUUCUGGAACAAAUCACUCAACUCCUAGUAUUUUUGAUAAUCAGGUUACAGAGCAAAUUAUCAAUGAACAGUUCUCUGAUCAUGAUUCUCAUGACCAACUGUCAAGCAAAUGUUCCAAUACUCUCCACUGUGCAGCUAUUACCGUUGAUGGCAUGCCAGUCACUCCACAAAUGUCAUCAGUCGUCGGAUCACAUCAUACAUUACCUUUAAAGUCAAAUAAGAAUGUUCGCUUAAACAAUGCCAGUCAACUUUUUCAUGGUCAUUCAUCUUAUCCUCAUAGUACUAAAUUCGUUCAGAAUUCCCAAUCUCCUACUUAUAAUUCUGAAAAUCCCCGUCUACAAUAUUCACAGGAUCAUAGUGCUUCCAACCAAAUCUCUUCUAUGUACAGAUUUUCAAGUGAUCAGUCAAUGAAUCAACAAAGUUCUGUUCCAUUUUACUCAAGUCAUAAUUCUUAUGUGUCAAGUGAUUUAACGUCCAAUCAGACAAUGUUCAGUUAUCAGCAAAAUGAAGCUCAACAGAUGUGUCAGUAUUCAUUUAAUCCAUCAUCCUUACAUUCAGAACCAACUUAUCAUUCCUCCUACGUUCAGCCAAAAUAUCAGAACUAUAGACAUAAUGAGACUGAUGUACGACUAACACCGUUCAAGAACUAUCCACCCAACCCUCAGGAGCAGGUUUACUGGCAGCCAAAUGCUAAGUAUCGUACAGGUAUGUUGAUUGCUUAAAAUAUUUCUAGAUAUCCAUUUCUAAUUAUCAGUAAAGAAUAACAAAACUACAUUUUUAUUCAUUUAACAAGUUAUCGAUAAUUAUUUCAUUUAAUUAACUAUCGGCACUACGACAAGAACCCUGAAAUAAUUAGACUGUAUCUUUUUUUGGUCAUCGAUUUUUUUCAGCGUUUUGCUUCUAUUUAAUAUGAACACAGAUGAAGUUUUGUUAAAUUCAGUGUGUAGCGAAAAAAAAAGUUUUUACGAUCAUACGUGUGUAUUAUUUGUCUCAGUGUAGUUCAAUUGUUGGUGCUG